AUGUCCGACACGCUACCUUUUAUAGAAGAUUCAACAGGGGAGAAAUUUAAAAGACAGAAAUAUAAAGAGCAAAGCUCACUUGAACUGGAAGAACGUGGUAGCAGAGAUCCAAAAGAGCACACACCUACAACCGCUUUAUCCUAUGACGAGGUCAACGAUGACCUCGACGAGUUAGUUGCAUUGCGAGGAGAAGGCAGAUACUUUGGUGUUACAGAUCCAGAUGAUGAAUCUGGACUAUCGAGGCAAUCAUUGGGCCCACUAUGUGCAAAUUGCCACAAGAGAGGACACACAAGAGCCAAAUGUACUGUAGUGAUUUGUCAUAAAUGUGGAGCCGUCGAUGAUCAUUAUGAAAGCCAAUGUCCCACUACUAUAAUAUGUGGCAGGUGUGGCGAAAAGGGACACAUUGUGCUGCAAUGCAAAAGCAAAAUCCGAAAGAGACAAUACUGUCGCACUUGCGACUCCUUUAAGCAUGGUGAUGAGAACUGUCCUAGUAUUUGGAGAAGUUAUAUAACGAAAUCGCAAAGUCAGGAUAGCAAUGAGGAAAGUUCGGUAUUACCGAGAAUAUACUGUUACAACUGUGCAUCAAAUGAACAUUUUGGUGAUGAAUGUGAUAAACCAAGAUCCUCCAGAAUACCUAAUUUUGGCAGUGCAUUUAGUGGCAACAAUUUACCCAAAAAAUACAGAAACCUCUAUUUCAAAAGUCUCAGAGCAAGUAGCAGUCGGAAAGAAUAUGAAGAAUACAGACCAACAACUCAGAAAAGGGAUUACACGAGCAACCUCACACCGUCAAACAGGUACGAAGGGUUUGGCAGUCAAGGGUUCUCACGUAACGGUGCCGAUCAUCCAUCGAGGUCUGGCUUCAUCCCGAAGAGACUGCCUAGUGGAUUUGGGUCUAGUAAUGGAUUUCCGAGAACACCAAAAGGCCCAAAUCAAGAUAACAGAACUAAAGGUAGAUUUAGUCUGAAUGCGUACGGCUCCAAGUCGGGUUUUAAUCAACCGACAAGAACAGGUGUAAUCAACAAAAAUGGUUCUCAAGAUCAAGCAGGAAGUUAUAGAAAUAGUACGAGAGGCGGGCCACAACCUACUAGAUCGGGAUUAAUUGCCAAUAGGAAAUCCAAGAAUUUCAAGAAAAUGAAGUAUUGA